GUACAUAGAUCUAGUGAUCUACAUACUACUAGAAUCUAGAUCUAGAUUCUAGAUCUACAUACUACAUUCAUUAAGUACAUUUGAUACAUGGCUGCAUCAAGAAGGUGGUUUCACCCUAACAUCAGUGGUCAGCAGGCUGAAAAACUACUGAUGGAGAAGGGACAAGACUGGAGUUUUUUAGCCAGGCCUAGCAGCACAGAAGGGGCUUACACCCUAUCCAUCAGACGUAAUGGAGAGGUGACCCAUAUAAAAAUCCAGAACACUGGAGACUCUUAUGACUUGUAUGGAGGAGAAACAUUUGCUACUCUCUCUGAACUUGUUCAGUAUUACAUGGAAAAUCAGGAACAGUUGAAAGAAAAAAAUGGGGCUGUGAUCAAGUUAAAAUAUCCAAUGGCAUCAAUGGAUCCCACUCCAGAAAGGUGGUUUCAUGGUCAUCUUACAGGCCGCGAGGCAGAGAGGCUUUUACUUGAAAAGGGAAAGAACUCCAGUUUUUUAGUGCGAGAAAGUCAGAGUAAACCAGGAGACUUUGUUAUAUCUGUCAGGUGUGAGGACCGGGUCACGCACGUUAAAAUUCGUUGUCAGGGCAGCAAGUAUGAUGUUGGAGGUGGGGAGAUGUUUGAUUCUCUGACAGAGCUGGUAGAACAUUAUAAGAAAAGUCCAAUGGUGGAAACAUCUGGCACUGUUGUUUACAUUAAACAUCCUCUCUACAACAGUCGGGUUAUGGCUUCAUCCUUAGAGAACAGAAUCAAACAGUUACAGACGGAAGAUGAAGACAGCCACAAAUCCCAUAAUGCAUUUCAUGAAGGUUUUUGGGGAGAAUUUCAUCAACUUCAACAAUGUGAGUUCACUGGUUUUCGUUAUUCAAGGGAGAAGGGAAGCAAACCAGAGAACAAGGCCAAGAAUAGAUAUAAAAAUAUUUUACCAUAUGAUUACACAAGAGUGGUUUUAGCAGACGGUAAUGAAGAAUUAGGAACAGAUUACAUCAAUGCCAAUCAUAUUACUUGGACAGAUGAUGACCAGUUGAUUGAGCCAAAAAGAAAAUACAUUGCAACCCAAGGACCAUUAACAAGUACAAUGUUAGACUUUUACAGAAUGAUAUGGCAGGAAGGAUCUAGGGUUAUAAUCAAUUUAGCCAGGAUCACGGAAAGAGGAAAGAUCCAGAUUAACAUCUACUGGCCAACCCAGGAAGAAAACUAUGAGAAACUUUUUGUCUUUGAGCAUCCUGUUGAGAGCAGUAGUAAAAAAUUUAUUUGCCAGUACAGGGUCAAACUGUUAAAUGAAACAGGUGACCAGACCUACAUCAGGAGGGAGAUGAUGCUUAGUAAGGAGGAUAAAGAUGGAAAGCCCAUUGAGGAACCACGCAAAAUCUACCAGUUUCAUUAUAUGAUUUGGCCUGAUUACAAUGUACCUGAUGACCCCGGCUCCAUGAUUGAUUUUCUAGAAAGAAUCAACAACCUUUUGGACUCUCUCCCCAGUCCUGGUCCUGUAGUUGUACACUGUAGUGCUGGUAUUGGACGGACUGGAACCCUGAUUGUUGCUGAUAUGAUCAUCACUCAAAUCAAAAGUUAUGGCUUCGAUUGUGAUAUUGAUAUCUUCAAAACCAUUCUAAUGGUCAGGGGUCAAAGGUCAGGGCUAGUUCAAACACAAAGUCAGUACCAGUUUGUUUAUCUGGCAGUACAGAGAUAUAUGGAGAUAGAGAGACAACGCCAGCUUGCAGGACAGACUAAUGCCGGCAGAGAGUACACAAACAUCAAGUAUGCUACGGGUGCACUUGAGGCUAACAGAGGCUUGGCACGCCCACCACCUGUACCUCCCCUCCCCCACCCUGGAAUUAGGAAAAGAGAAGCCAGGCAACCUAAUGAUGAUCCAACAUAACCUGGACAGUUGAGCAUAGAACAAGUCCUGAUCAAAUGGUUGACUGAGAGCACUCUGUUACUGGGAGUGGAUGGAUGAAAUUUUGUUUGUGUAUUCAUGAAUAUUUGAAAAUGUUGAUGAGUAUUAUGUUGAGUGACAUGUGUUGUGUCUCCCAUCUGAUACAGUAUUUUAAUUUUUUCUCUCAAGUUUUAUUGAUUGUUCUGCUAAACAUUUGACAUGUGGAAAUCCACCAGUCCAGUCACAAGCAAUAUCCAGAUUUGUAAAAGAUGGGUUGCUGGAUAUUAUCAUCCGUCAUGAGAUAUUAUCAUUUAACAUAUUUCCUGGACACUAUCAUCUAAUACGAUUUGCUGGAUACUGUUAUCCAACAUGAGUUGCUGGAUUUUUUUAUUUAUAUAUCUUGUUUAAGAUUUUUUUGUAAUAGUUUCUGGCUUAAUUUGUAUGUACUAAAGCAUACAGCUAAGAUUUGUUGACAAUUGAGUUGACAUGCAUUAACCUGACCCCAUUGAGUAAUGAUAUUUAUUCUGCUUGCUUGC